CUUUGUAACGCGUCCCCCCAGGACGUUUGGAACCGCAUGCGUGGAGCAAUGCUUCUUCAACCGCUUUUCGAUGCCAGAGACGAGCGGCUUCUUGUUCAGGCUUUCUCCGGGAAAUGUACCUCUUAAUCCUUUCCCUUGGCCAGAAAACAACGGGCUUCAAUGGCGGAGGCCGUCCUGGCCGGCUAUGACCCAGUCGUCUCUUCUCGCUCCGUUUGCGUCUAUACGAGCUGCUAUUGUGAAGAAAAUAUCUGGAAACUUUGUGAACAUAUCCGAAACAAGAAUCAAUACCCCUUAGAAGAAUUUUAUGCUGUUUUCAUUUCCAAUGACAGAAAGAUGGUACCACUUUGGAAGCAGCAGGCAGGAUGUGAAGGUCAGCCUGUGAUCUGGGAUUACCAUGUUAUUUUGCUACAUGUGUCGAACAGAGACCAGAACUUUAUCUAUGAUCUUGAUACUGUCUUACCUUUUCCAUGCCCUUUUGGCACUUACGUUGAAGAGGCUUUCAAAUCGGACAGCAUUAUCAACGCUGAAUUUCGAAGGAAAGUCAGAUUGGUUCGAGCUGAUAUGUAUCUGAAGACUUUUGCUUCCGACCGAUCGCACAUGAAAAAUGCUAGUGGGAACUGGCUGAAAACUCCUCCCCUAUAUCCAUGUAUUGAAACUGCAGAUUGCAAGAUGAAUCUGCAUGACUUUAUUAGUAUGAAGGCAAAUGCGGGCUGGGGUUUUGUGCUGAAACUCUCUGAUUUUGUGCAAGAAUUUGCCAGUUAGAACUAUGAAGAAGAA